GUUAAAGGUCAUGCAGCUUGCAGCAGACGACACGUGGGGAGGGGGGCGCAUAGAGCUCUGGUUGAACUUUGGAUGUUUGGAUGCAGAUAUCGUGGUGGUGAUAAUGGGCAGCGGCUAACGAAGUAUUUGGAACAAACUGUCAAAGGCAAGCCUGAAAAUGUCCAAAUCUGAUGUAGACACGAAACUCGAAGCUGUGUUCUCCCUGUACCAGAAGCAUGGACAGUCUGACUAUAUCGGUGAGGCCGUGACCCAGACAGAACACAUGGUACAGUGUGCCAUGCUGGCGGAACAGGAGGGGUUCCCUACAGAGGUGAUCCUGGGUGCCCUCCUACACGACAUUGGCCAUUUGGUAGGCAUGGAGGGGAACCUGGAGAGGAUGGGUCAAUUGGGUGUCCAGCACCAUGAAAGAAUUGGUCAGACUUUCUUGAAGGAGCUGGGCUUUCCCGCAGCAGUUACAGACUUUGUUAGAGGCCAUGUUGAUGCAAAACGUUACCGUGUUUACAAGGAACCUGCAUACUACGACCAACUGUCCAGUGCCAGUAAGGGUACCCUGGUGCACCAGGGAGGACCCAUGACUAAACAGGAGGCAGUGGAGUUUGAGAAGUCUCCACAGUUCCAGGCCAUGUUACGUAUGAGGGGCUGGGACGAGGGUGCCAAGGACCCGUCUGUUCAAAUCAAACCCUUGCAGCAUUACCAAGAGUUGUGUAGGGAAUACCUGCUGAACCUGUAGACUAGUCAGUUUGUUUUAACCAAAAUAUUUUGGGAUGUCUUAGCAUGAUACUGAAACUCUAGGGUGACAUGUAUGAGUGCUUGACAAUGUGGUAUUGUAUCACCUGACUUCUGAUAGGUAAAGCCAUUGUCAGGUGUUUAUAGAUAGAAGGCAAAGUGAAAGUACGCUAAAUCAAUUUUUAUUGAGUAUUAACUGCUAUGACUGCCCGCAUAUGUCUUGUCCUUUCAAUGGUUUGCCAAGUCAUGCAUGUAGUAACAAAGAAAAAAAUCCUCAGGCAUUUGACAAAAAAAAAACUCAGGUUUAUUCUCUCAUGAGAACAUUCUGAACUUAAAAAAGAGAAUCUCUGUAAUUCUAACCUUUGUUUAGUGUAUACGUUCUUGAGAGGAAUACAUUCAAACAACUGUAUGUUACUGUCAUCAGAUUCAAUUGUUCAUUGCUUACCCUAUUAAUCGUGCUGUUGUCUGUAAGAGUAUACACUACAGAAUGUAGGUAAUGCUUUCAUAGUUACAACACCAAUACAGGGUUGAUACAAUGUACAUACAAUUGUGUGUAUUUUUUUUUCAUAAUAAAUUUCCAUACUUCUAUUACAUAUUAUGUAAUGUAGAACUGUUUAAUUCUUAGUAAUUAGUCAUUGGUCUCAUUAUGCAACCAGUGCUUUUAAUUGUAACACUUCACAGUGGAUUCUUACCCGUUUACUAUUUCAAGUUAUCUGUAAUGUAAUUUAUAUACUAGCUUGAAGCCUCAAGUCUCCUCUGUUCCAGCUUCUUCUUAUAGAAGUUGAAGCUCUCCUGCAAGAAAUCAUUCAAAAAAGAAAUAUAUAAGUUUGAUAUACAGUGUAUAUAAUUUGAAAUAUCCUGUAGCUUUCAACUUCAAUACAAUGCUGUAUUCCUAAUUCUACACUUAAUUUAGCAUGCGUCAAUAUGAAUUAAUUGUUACAUUACACUUUUGAAUAAAAUUGAUGUGAUUGUGA